CGGUCCAAUGUUAAUUGAUUCAAGAGAAUUAUCCGCCGUCCACCUUCCAUCCUGCUCCAUAUUAUCUAGUAGCUGACGAUGUCUUCGAGUCCAGCCUCGUCGUCACCCGUACCAUUUGCAAUGUCUUCGGCUCUAGCAAGUACAGCUGCCUCAUCACCUCCCCCCAGUGAAGAAGGAAGACUAGGCAGAGCACACAAGAGCACACGCGAGUCCUCAGAAAUAUUAGAAGCAAUAGAAGACGAGGAAUUUCGGGAACGCUUCUCUCGCCUCCAACGCCUCCUCGAGAAGUCCUUCACAUACUCCAAACUUUUAGGGGCGCAGAUGGACAAGGAGAAGCGUGCAUGUGCACUCCGAGCCGCCAUGCAAGCUGCCGCACCCUCAAAACCACAGUCUUCAAGAAGACACUUUCCGAGGCGUGGCAAGAAACGCUCACGCGAGGAGCCCCCUGUGAAACCACAGAUUCAGGAACCUCCUGUAGUUGAAGGGGAGAACGGGCAGCGCCCUAAGUUCCCUCAGCCUGCAUUAGUCACAGGGGCGAAGUUGAAGGACUAUCAAUUAGAAGGAGUGGAGUGGAUGAUUAGUUUGGAUAAGAAUGGCGUCAGUGGUGUUCUUGCGGACGAGAUGGGUCUAGGCAAGACCCUGCAAACGAUUGCAUUCAAUGCACACCUACGUGGCCUCGGUCAUUAUCAGCCUUUCCUCAUCGUCUGCCCCUUGAGUGUCCUCCAUAAUUGGAUAGAGGAAUUCCAGAAAUUUGCAGCCUGCUCUGAGCGUGCUGAUCUUCGUCGGACUAUCAUGCGAGCACCGGACACUGAAGAAGUGGCUGAUAAGGAAGUUAUGAUCAAGACGCAACGCAAUCGAAAGGGCAAGAAAGCACCCGCCCGUAAAGCUCCUGCGCCGAAGCGUAAAAUAAAAGCCAGACCUACCAAGAGACGCAAGACGGACGACGAAGAUACCUCAGAUGUUGAAGACACCCGUAUACCCACUACUAGCGAUACCCUCCCUCCUACAGACCCAUGCUCUUUCCCGGUCGUUGUCACCACAUACGAAAUGAUUCUUAAAGACCGCAUGCACCUUUCCACUUAUAAUUGGGGCUAUAUCGUCGUAGAUGAGGGGCACAGGUUAAAAAAUCUUGACUGCAAGCUCAUGCAGGAGAUCAAGAAAUACCCGAGCGCAGGUCGGAUGAUUCUGACUGGAACACCACUACAUAACAAUCUGGCAGAGUUGUGGUCAUUGUUAAACUUUAUACUGCCUGAUAUUUUUGAUGAUCUGGACACGUUCCAGGAAUGGUUCAACCUCGGAACCAUGCAAUCUCGUCUCUCUGAAGGCCAAUCAUCUCAAUUGAUUGGCACCCUUCAUGGCAUCUUGAAACCUUUCCUCCUUCGACGACUCAAGGCGGAUGUCGAAGGUCUCCUCCCACCCAAGAAGGAGUAUGUCCUGUACGCACCCCUUAGCGUGGGUCAACGCGAUUUGUACGAUAACAUCUUGGACGGGUCGUUGCGGAACUUCCUUCUUGGCAUCUCCAAAGAAACAGCAGUCGAGAAGGUCGCCGAGAUCGAUGUGGACGCGCCGAUGAAGCUCCGGAAGCAGACAAAGACGCGAUACGACGUUGAUGGAAAUGAUGACGAGUACUUUGAGAUGCUCGAGGAUGGUGGAGGGGCCAAGGCCAAGGAGCCAAAGGAGGAUAUCUCUGAGCUGGCAAAACAGCAUCAGCAACUUGCGACUCGGAAGCAGAUUAACAACAUGAAGCUUCAGAAUGUUGUGAUGCAGCUACGCAAAGUCUGCUCCCACCCAUUUUUGUUCCACUGGCCUGUUAUCCCAGGUACUCAAGAGCUCGUGCUCGACGAACAGUUGGUAAAUGCGAGCGGAAAGAUGAUGGUCCUCGAUCGUCUACUAGACGAACUAUUCCGCAGGAAACACAAAGUUUUGCUGUUCAGUCAAUUUACCACUAUGUUGGAUGUCCUUGAGGACUGGGCUACCGAGCUGAAAGGCUGGUCAAUAUGUCGCAUCGACGGGUCAACAGCACCUAUGGACCGCCGAGAGCAGAUGAACAAAUUCCAGCAAGGAGGCAACUCUCAUGACGCUCCGAAGCUGUUCCUCCUUAGCACUCGCGCAGGUGGCCUAGGCAUCAACUUAACAGCGGCUGAUACGGUGAUCUUUUACGAUCAAGACUGGAACCCGCAGGUGGAUAUCCAAGCUCAGGAUCGAGCGCAUCGUAUCGGUCAGACGAAACCCGUUUUAGUGUUCCGACUCGUUACGGCGCAUACUAUUGAGACGAGGAUCAUGCAUCGUGCGACUGAGAAGAGGAAGCUUGAGGCGCUUGUUAUAGCCAAGGGUAAAUUCAAACUCCCCGGACAAGGAGCACCUAAAUCAAACCUGCAAUCCAUGACAGAACUCGCAGCCGACCUCUUGAAGCUAGAAGGCGAGCAGAUCGACGUUGUGACGAAUACGUCUGCGGAGGGUAAGAAACGGGUGUUGUCAGAUGAAGACCUCAAUAUGUUGCUUGAUCGGAGUGAGGCUGUGUUCACGGAUAGGAAGAAGGGAUGGAAGAGCGAGGAGAGUGGGGCUGGGAAGCGUGCGGCAUUUGCUGUGUAUGAGGCGCCUGUGCAUGAGGGGAAUGACUUGGUGGCGAAGAUUAUGGGGGAGGAUGUUUCUGAGUGUUGAGUGCUUAGCUGGGGUUGUGGUGCAUCGUGCAUCGUUCGUAUGGAUUACUAUAGUUCAACGUUGAUAAUUGGGCAAUAAAUGUUGUACAUGAACGCUUCACUCGUCGUAAAUCAUUGAAUGAAUACUAUCAGCACGUGUUUCGUCCA